GGUGGAGCCUGGGCGCGCAGCUCCCGCGGGCCCGGCUCGCUCUGCGGGAAUGUGGACUGGAGUGGUCCCGCUGCGGGGCCAGGGUGCAGCAAGCCACAGGGUCGAUCCAUAGCGCCAUGGCCUGCAUCCUCAAGAGGAAGUCUGUGGUUGUGGCGAGCUUCACAGCGCUGUGCCUCUUGCUGCUAGCCAUGCGCCUCGUCAAUGACAUGAAUUUCCCUUUGCUACUGAGCUGCUUUGGACAACCCGAGACAAAAUGGAUCCCACUGCCCUACACAUUCAGGCAGCCUCUUCGAAUUCACUAUGGAUACAUAAAUGUGAGGACCCAAGAGCCUCUGCAGCUCGACUGUGACCACUGCGCCAUAGUGUCCAAUUCAGGUCAGAUGGUGGGGCAAAAGGUGGGCGAGGAGAUAGACCACUCUUCCUGCAUUUGGAGAAUGAACAACGCCCCCACCAAGGGCUUUGAGGAAGAUGUCGGCCACGUGACGAUGGUUCGCGUCGUAUCGCACACCAGCGUUCCUCUUUUGCUAAAAAACCCUGACUAUUUCUUCAAGGAGGCGAGCGACACCAUUUAUGUUAUCUGGGGCCCUUUCCGCAACAUGAGGAAGGACGGGAACGGCAUUGUGUACAACAUGCUGAAAAAGACAGUUGAUAAGUAUCCGGACGCACAGAUUUACGUGACCACGGAGCAGCGGAUGAGUUACUGUGAUGACGUCUUCAAGGAGGAAACUGGGAAAGACAGGGUCCAGUCUGGCUCCUAUCUCAGCACGGGCUGGUUUACCUUUAUCCUGGCCAUGGACGCCUGUUACAGCAUCCACGUCUACGGGAUGAUAAAUGACUCCUACUGCAAGACAGAAGGGUAUAGGAAAGUCCCCUAUCAUUACUACGAGCCGGGAAAAGACGAGUGUAAUGAGUAUCUUCUCCACGAGCACGCCCCCCACGGGGGACACCGGUUCAUCACCGAGAAGAGAGUGUUUGCCAAGUGGGCCGAGAAGCACAGAAUAAUCUUUACGCACCCAAACUGGACCGUGUCCUGAUGCUGUGUCCCCUGAUCAUGGCACUGCAGCUCUGAAGAUGUUGUUCAUGACCGUCACGGUCCUGACCGCUCUCUGGUGGGGAUGGCGACUCCGCGUUCUGUGGGAGGGGCUCCUGUUCAUUCUGUUCUCUCUGGUGGUUCAGCCCUACAUACUGCACUUUAUGACUUACCUAUCGAAGGCUAGUGGCAUAGCAGCUGUGACUACAGAAAACAGGAAGAUUGUCUUUCAAGCUAGAAUUCUGUGACAGAAGCAUCCGGAAGAGAUGGAUGUGGCCUUGUCAGGCAAGGUCACCGAGUGUGUGGGCAGCUCCACCAUCUUGGAAAAAUGGUUGCCUACCAAACACUGUCCCAAGUAACUCUAUCAGGGUAUAGAUAUCUUGCCACAGUUACUGGUUAGCCUGAGAGAGAGGGUAGGCGUCUCUCUUUGAUGCUGUCUUCCUUCCAUAUGUCUUGCAGCUAAAGCCUCAGGCCACCUACCUGAUUAAAUGUAGCAAUGAAGGUGUUGUGUAAUUCCAUCAGGAUUACCGGACUAUCUCAGACACUUGACUUAAAAGGUAUCAAGUAGCAGGUAUUGACAAACUUUCACCUGUCGGCUGUGCUCUUCCUACUCAAAACGGCAUAACUAAACAUAUUAGACCGAUCACCUACAUUAAUGUUUAGUUAUUAGCGUGUUAGCGGCACAGCUGCAGCGCUGCAGAAACACAUACUGUGAAAGCGUUUCUGAAACAUAACCAAAGGGUUUCCUCGCUCUGCUUCCACACCCAGUUCUGCACAACGAUGCACUUUGUGACAUCGUGAGACAGGGAGAGCAGACCAUAUUUUUGCAUUAAUUUGUAUCCUACCAUAUCCAUAAUAUAUAUUUUUAAAUUCAAAUUUCUAUUUUAUAAGCCCAAGGCACAUCUCUCCAUAUGCAUUAUCAAUGCCAAGUGCCAAAUGUUAGACAUGAAAGGUUCUUUUAUAUCAUUAAAUCCAACUGGAGCUUUUGCCUUCAUGAGGCUGGUCGUCCCCUCGUGUGUCAGGUGUUCUGCCAUGACAGUAAAAUGGUGAUGAGCAAUUCCCAGAGUGCUUUGUCAGCUGCAGUCCCGUCACAUAUGCUCUGCCAUGUGACACCCGUGACCACCUCGCCGGGCUGUGGCCUGCACAUUCUGCCAUCUGCAGGAGUUGAUCCACAUUGUGUCAUCUGGGUCCGUGCAUCCCAGGUUGCUCCACUGUAGAAUAGCAUUUCUGUAAAUGAGUAAAUGAUUGAGUUCUCUACCAAAUAUAGCGUAGCGUACCAUGUUAAGGAAAAGGACCACAGGGAUGAUUGUGUCCUAGAUCAGUAGCCCUAUAAGCUUAGAUGUUUUUGAUUUCUUUUUGUCAGUGACUUUGUUCAGGCAGUGGGUAAAUGGGGGCUCAGGAACAACGGAAGCAGAAAAGUGGUUUCCCGUCCCAGGCCUGACACAGCUUCACUCUCCAUACACUCGGUGCUCCUUAAGUAUCAGAGGUUGACCUUCUCAGACUGUACUAAGCAUCCAUGAAUAUCUUGGCACAAUGAUUCACAAGCCAAAAACCUGGCUAAACUUAAUGUUUUAGAAGCUGGAAAUAAGAAUCCACCUCAUCUGCAGAAUUGUGGCAGAUCUUUCCUAGGACUAAGGGUCGUAUUCAGUCACUAAGGUCCUGCCCCCUUCUGCCAUUUUGAUAUCCCGCACCCACACCCGUAAGUGUUCCCCAGCCCCACCUUCACUGCUGGAGAGAGACUGCUUCUUCUUUUGUUGUUUGCUUAUGUGAUUUUUUUGCAGUUCUGUGAAUGUUAGUUUUUUAGAGUGGAUUGAAAUGCCUACUUACAGGAAAAUAAAUAAUACCCAUGGUAAAAUUCUAA